AUGGGAUGGAACUGUCAAGGGUUAGGGAGUCCCGAGACAGCUCAAAGACUCAGAGAGAUCAAGCGCACGAUCAGACCAGAUAUCCUCUUUCUCUCUGAAACAAAAAAACUCCACAGAAUCAGUGCUCUCGAAGACGCGGGAGCUGGAAUACGAUUUUCAUCAUAUUGUACCCCCAACUGGCUGGUUGUGUUCGAAGGGAAACCUUUCUUUGCCUCCUUCAUUUAUGGUGACACUAAUAUUGCAGACAGGCGACUGUUCUGGGACCAGUUGAUCACCCUUAGCGAAGCUCGAGGAGGGCCAUGGUUCGUUACUGGCGACUUUAACGAUCUUAUUAGCAAUGAGGAAAAGGCUGGGGGUCCAGCCAGACCAGAGAGCUCAUUUACGGACUUACGCACUUUCUUAUCUGAAGGCGACCUCUAUGAUCUUCAAUUCUCCGGUGACCCGCUAUCAUGGAGAGGGCAGAGAGGAGAUCACCUGGUUAGGUGUCGACUCGACAGAGCGGUUGCUAACACCGCAUGGGCAGAAAUGUACCCGACGGCCCGCUGUCAUUACAUGAACUAUGAAGGAUCGGACCACAAACCGCUUCUUACUUUACUUGAACCCCAUAAGAAGAGAAGACACUGCAUGUUUCGAUAUGAUAGGCGAUUAAAAGAUAAUGCGGAAGUUAAGGAACUGGUACGGGUGAUUUGGGAGGAAUCAACGACUAGUACCGUGCCAGAAAAGAUAGAAGCAAGUCGCAAAGCUAUCUCCCAUUGGAAUAGAAACCAACAGAGGAAUAUCAGGCUGAUCAUCGAAUCCAAACAAAAGGAUCUGGAAACGGCCCUGACGGAUGAAGUAAACGAUACGGAACUCAUCAAGAAGGUCACUAACGAGCUUAAGGCAGCGUACCUUGCGGAAGAAGCGUACUGGAGACAGAGAAGCCGCCUACUCUGGCUCAGAUUGGGAGACCGCAACUCCGGUUUCUUCCACUCUGUCACAAAAGGAAGAAGAAGAGCAAACUCCUUCUCAGUGAUUACUGAUGAACAAGGAAACCCGGUCCACAAAGAAGAGCAAAUAGCACAGGUCAUUGUGGCGUACUUCGGACGGCUGUUCCAAACCUCCGCCACAAACAACGCCGAAACUGUCAAUUAUGCUCUGGACCCGGUUAUUACAGAAGAACAGAACAACAACCUGAUCAAAGUCCCCACGGCCCUAGAGGUCAAAGAUGCAGUGUUCUCGAUACAUUCGGACAAGGCACCUGGGCCCGACGGCUUCUCAGCGGGAUUCUAUCACGCUAAUUGGGAAAGCGUUGGUGAAUCCAUAACCAAAGAGGUUCAACAGUUCUUUAUAACAGGCUCGCUCCCGGAGAAGAUAAAUGGGACGCAUAUUAGACUCAUCCCAAAGGUUCUUAAACCUCAAACGGUGAUGGAGUAUAGGCCGAUAGCUCUCUGUAAUGUCUAUUACAAGAUCAUCUCGAAAUCCGCUUUCGUUCCCGGAAAAGCUAUAUCCGAUAACGUGUUGAUCACGCAUGAGGUACUCCAUUAUCUCAAAUCGUCGGAGGCAGAGUUUAGAUGUGCUAUGGCUGUCAAAACGGACAUGAGCAAGGCAUACGACCGGCUUGAAUGGGAGUUCAUCUCACAAGUGCUAACUAGGAUGGGGUUCCAUCCGAAGUGGAUUACAUUAAUCAUGGAAUGUAUUACCACUGUUACAUAUUCCUUCCUUAUCAACGGCUCGCCUAGAGGAAGGGUUCAACCGAGUAGGGGAAUCCGUCAAGGAGACCCACUUUCACCAUACAUUUUCAUUUUGUGUAGUGAAGUUCUCUCGGGAUUAUGUAACAAAGCACAAGUUGAUGGCUCUUUGAAGGGCAUUAGAGUCUCCCGUGGAGGUCCGCAAGUGAAUCACUUGCUGUUCGCGGACGACACAAUGUUUUUCGUGGAGGCAACACACAGAAGCAGCUCCUCUCUCCGACGGCUACUCCUCCGCUAUGAAGGUGCAUCAGGCCAAACCAUCAAUGCGGACAAAUCAUCGAUCUCCUUCUCGAAAAAGACCCCGGCUCACCUCAAACGGCUUGUUAAAGACUCUCUCCAGAUUCAAAACGAGGGUGGGGUAGGGAAGUAUCUCGGACUCCCUGAACAUUUCGCGAGAAGGAAGAGAGAUUUGUUUGCAUCAAUUGUUGAUAAGGUCAAGCAAAAAGCUAGAAGCUGGAAAAAUCGUUUCCUAUCCACUGCCGGAAAACUAACCAUGCUGAAGAGUGUUCUAAAUGCUAUGCCAUCCCAUGCUAUGUCAUGUUUUAAACUCCCAGUGUCCCUUUGCAAACAACUACAGUCAGCGGUUACUAGAUUUUGGUGGGAUUCAAACACCAGGGAAAAGAAGAUGGCUUGGGUCUCUUGGGAUGAUAUGGCACAAACCAAAACCAAUGGCGGGCUCGGGUUUAGAGAUUUUCAGUGCUUCAAUGAUGCCUAUCUGGCAAAAUUAAGCUGGCGAUUGCUCCAUAAUCCCGCAGGCCUCCUCGCAAAGAUUCUGUUCCACAAGUACUGCCAAGAUGAGGAUUUCCUGCACUGCCAAGAUCGAAAAGCAGAAUCCCAUGGAUGGCGUGGCAUUCUUCUAGGAAGAGACUUACUAGUUAAAAAUAUGGCUUGGAUGGUAGGAGAUGGAGAGCGUAUAAGCGCCUGGAACGAUCCAUGGCUUAGCUCUUCACAGCAGCUCAGACCGAUGGGACCGGUACCGGAAGCUUUUGUAACCCUUAAAGUCUCUGACUUAAUGCUGGAUGGAUCAACUGAAUGGGACCAGGCUAAGGUUCAGCAUAUUUUUCCUGAACUAGCAGAGACCAUCCUAAGCAUCAAACCAAGUUGUCUAGGGGCUCCGGACAAACAAUUCUGGGUUCACACUCGCGAUGGAGUAUACAUUAUCAAGUCAGGGUACAUAGCAGCGGUUGAGUGGCGAGCGGAAAGAGAGAACAGAACUCAGCCAAGCCACGCUAUCAACUGGAACAAAGGCGUCUGGAACUUGAAGACAUCCCCAAAGAUCCAACUCCUAGUUUGGAAAGCAUUACGCGGAGCUCUCCCAGUGGGAGAACAACUCCUUGCACGUCAAGUUACCACUGAUCCAGCAUGUAAAAGGUGCGGAAAACUCGAAUCUAUUGAUCAUCUCCACUUUCAAUGUGAAUUUGCGGAGCAAGUAUGGAAAGAGGCCCCGUUUCUACAGCAAGUUGAUAGGAGACGAUUGCUAGAUUUGGAUUCUGACUGGAUGCAUCUGAUUACUAACCCCUGUUUACCACCUGUGGGGAUCGUAACGGGCCAACUAGCUCCAUGGAUAGUGUGGGCACUCUGGACAGCUCGCAACAAGCUGAUAUUCACCAAAAAGCUGUACUCCGUAGAGGAAGUGAUAACCCAUGCGGUAUCAGCAGCGCGAGAAUGGUUGAACGCACAGGAGAAAGAGCAGAGGCAAAACCCCGUGUUACGAGUGAAGAAAGCACCAAACCCCCGAGAUAUUGUAGUUCAAACAGAUGCAGCAUGGAAAGGGGACUCAAGGACGGCCGGUUUGGGGUGGUCAAUUCAAACAGGCGAAACUUUCAGCUUUCAAUCUGUAAACCGCUUUGUGAACUCACCACUGGCAGCAGAGGGAUUGGCAGCUAGAGAAGCAAUCAAGAAAUGUAAAGAGUUGGGACUCCGGCGCAUUCGUAUCGAAUCAGACUCUUCUCAACUCAUCAAAACUUUAAACUCGACGAUGGAUCCCCCAGAGAUUUAUGGAAUAAUCACAUACAUUAGGAUUGUCUGUCUUGCUUUUGAAUCUGUUUCAUUUAGUUGGAUUCCACGAGCUGGAAAUUCUAUUGCUGAUGGCCUGGCUAAACAGGCUUUGGCUUUGUAUCAAGUGGUAUAA